UGAUAAACCUAAUUGGAAGCGCUGUUUAUGCAAGAUGGAACGUUGAGUCUCCUGGAUCUGAUUGGCUCCUCGGCACCAGGUCUCCUCCAAUCAGAGGGCGCGGUGCGAACUUCCAGGACUCUACAAACACCUGGUGGUCCGGCCGAUGUGAUUGAUGGAGGAAGCGGCUGGAAAUCGUCCGUUUGAGACCUCUUUAUAUGGAUGCUCCUCUUCCUCGGCCUGGUCGUCUUCUUCUCCUCGAGCUUCUCCGCCGAGAUGAACCAGACCUCCAGGCUGCUCGCGGACAGCGGGGAGCAGUGCUCGGCCUGCGACUUCCGGGAGCAUAGCAAGCAGAUGCGGCUCCACAGCAUCAAGUCUCAGAUCCUCAGCAUCCUGCGGCUCGAGCAGGCGCCCAACAUCAGCCGGGACAUGAUCCGCCAGCUGCUGCCCAAAGCGCCGCCUCUGACGCAGCUGCUGGACCAGUACGACCCGCGCGUGGAGGACGAGGACCACGCGACGACGGAGACCAUAAUCACCAUGGCCACCAAGCCCAACCCGAUCGCCCAGGACGAGUUGUCCUCCUGCUGUGUCUUCAGCCUCAGUCCAAAGAUCCAACCCAAAAACAUCCUGCGGGCUCAGCUGUGGGUCCACCUGCGGCCGGCCGACAUGGUCACCACCGUCUUCCUGCAGAUCUCCCGCCUCAAACCCGGGAAGGAGGGAAACAACACGCGGGUCAGAGUCCGCUCGCUGAAGAUCGACAUGGACGCCGGCGCCGGCUCCUGGCAGAGCAUCGACAUCAAGCCCCUCCUGCAGGCCUGGCUGCGGCAGCCGGAGACCAACUACGGGAUCGAGAUCAACGCCUUCGACUCCAACGGAGAAGAUCUGGCGGUCACGUCAGCGGAGCCUGGAGAGGAGGGGCUGCAACCGUUCAUCGAAGUGAAGAUCCUCGACAGCCCCAAGCGAUCCCGCCGCGACUCGGGCCUCAACUGCGACGAGGAGUCCGCAGAGACCCGCUGCUGCCGCUACCCGCUCACCGUCGACUUCGAGGAGUUCGGCUGGGACUGGAUCAUCGCUCCCAAACGCUACCGGGCCAACUACUGCUCGGGGGAGUGCGAGUUCAUGCACCUGCAGCAGUACCCGCACGCACACCUGGUGAACAAGGCCAACCCGCGGGGCACGGCGGGGCCCUGCUGCACGCCCACCAAGAUGUCGCCCAUCAACAUGCUGUACUUCAACCGAAAAGAGCAGAUCAUCUACGGGAAGAUCCCGUCCAUGGUGGUCGACCACUGCGGCUGCUCCUGAGGAGACUUUGGUGUUUUUUUCAGCUAAAGUGAUGCAAAAAAUUAAUAUUUUGUUAAAAGUGCAUAAACCCUUUAAAAUCCCGCCUAUGAAAGAGAUAAUCUCGAAGACAAGACUUCAGAAAGUUGUGUUUUUAUCCACAAAAAUUCAAGAUCAGAUGAUUGACACAUUUGUUUGGUUGUUUUUGGUAAAGUAUCAGCUGAAACACAAAAGAAAUCACAGAAAUGAUCCAAUAAUCUAAAUUUACAACAGUAGAUUUACAAGGUGCAUUUCAGGCAGAAUAUCAGGGUGACGAGUGCAGUCGCCAGAAAACAUCUUAGCAUUUCGGCAGACUACACAUUCAUUAACAAGUAUUUGCUCUGUUUGCAGCCGCUUUUUAGGCAUCAAACAUGUUUUUUGUUUGUUGCAAUCUGUCUUAUCACCUUAUACUUUUUU